ACGCUUCCUCACUUUCCAACACUGAGCUACACUGAAGCAAUAAAUCAGUGAAACAAUGAAUCGAUUCCUCAUCGCUUGCGUGUUUCUCGUAGCUGCCACCGCUGCAGAGGAAGCCUUGCACAGAUCAGGCUGUCCCAGCGGCUACACCUACCGUCGUCACAGAGGCCACUGUUACAAGGUAUUCCGGACACCUCAGUGGUGGCAGUACGCCGAGUACUUUUGCAGGGCGGAUGGAGCCUGGCUGGUGACCAUCAGAAAUCGAGCAGACAGUGUAUGGGUCAACAACUUCUUCAAAAGAAACAAGCACAACUGUCCAUCGUCGUACUGGAUUGGAGCCAAUGAUAUUGUGGAAGAGGGAGUCUGGCGAUGGGCACAGAAUGGCCGUAAAGUGACCUAUACCAACUGGGGGCCUAAUGAACCUAACAAUUCCAACAACGAGGACGCAGUCCUCGUUUACAGCAGCAGCAGGAAGUGGAACGACCACAAGGUGGACGGGAACUGGUGCCCCAAACUAUGUUUUGUCUGUGAGACUCAUUGAGUCGAUAGCAGGCCACUUAAACAUUCCAACUUGAUCACUUCACAUUUUAUUGCAAUUGCUCCACAUUCAAUACCCUUGGGCACGUGAUAACCCGGUGUGAAAGAAAUACAUUUACCAAUUUAGAAUUAGUUCAUAGAAAGCAAUACUCUCACUUGUCUUCUUAGUCUCAGCUCGUUCCGUUCCCCUUGCAGCCGUCUUCCACUCAAUUUGAUCACUGACGACCCGUGGGGCGUCCCUCCUGCCUCCCAUCUCAUUCGCAUCUUUAUUGAAUAUACUGCAGGCGGAGUAUGCAUACAAUUAUUGUUUUCUUCACAAAUGUAUAUACCAUUUGUCCACCAUCUGAUUUGCCAUGCAAAGGCAUUUCGUGGCUUACGAAAAAACAUCAAAUACUUAGAUAUGUAUUGUAUACAAGGUACUAUGUAUUAUCGAACAGAUCCUCCCAGACAGUCUGAAAUUUACUAAGACAGCUCUUCGGGACGAGGUGUUACCGAAAUAAGAGUCUUUAGGAAAGAUUUACAAAUCUUACUCCGGUAACAUUUCAAGAAGUCACGAGUAAAUUGGACUUAUUUGUUUUUGAAACUAAGUUGCUAAUAACUGCUGAAAAAACGCGUUAACUUUGUUUUAAACAGAUGACGUCUGACACGGUGCAUGUCAAGCCUUAUAUUCAAGUUGCAUAGAUGCCUAGACCAAUUAAAUUUUGGAUGUGGUCAAGUUAUUCGGCAAUGGAAACGCUUAUGUCCACUUAAGCUGUUUUCCCGCAUAUGCUGGUUGGGUCUACUGUCCAUAACUGUAACUGUGGUUGUUUGGUAUUUUCCUGUUCGGUUGGCACGUAAAUAGUUUACUGUUGACGUCUAUAGGGCGCACUUAGAUAGAGGUUGUCAGAUACACCUUUUACUUUAAAUAAAUAGGUAUUUCAUUCAUAGUCUCACGCUAUUGUUUCUUGUGUAGCAAGCUUCCACUUAUGCCUUGGACGUAUUCGUCUGGUCAUCCAUCACUGAGUUUCACUAAUAAUGAUACAACCCUCUUCAAGAGACCCUUGAGAAAAGCGUUGGUAAAACGGCAUGGCAGUACCGUUUUUAGGAACGGCAUUUUACGGUGUUCAGAAGGUGUUUUGCAAGCUUUGCAAGUCUGCAUUUUAUUACAAUGGGGGCAAUUUAGACGUUAAAACUGCCAUAAAGACAAGGUACCGUGGAAGGCAUGUUUCAACGCUGAAAACGUACCUGCAGGUAGACCUAAAAGUACAAGAGUCGACUCGGCCAUAGAGGAACGUCAGAGAAAAACACACUUAACAACAACAAAAUUGAACACAGAGACGAUUCUUUAUACAAUGAAAAUUAUCUUUCAACUUUUGAAACUUGACUAUAGAAUGAGUUAAAAUACACGUUAUGUACUCACGGAACAAUAAGAUGCGUCGUAAAACAAAAAGUACAAACUGAAAUUAUUUUGACUCAAAAGCAAGGAACACAACACAACUUUAAUAUAAAUAAAGAAUGAUUAUGUAAAUUGUGUAAUCGA